AAUAAAAUCGGGCUUUCUAUCAAAUGUAAGACCAUCCUGGGCCAAAGUUGCAAUCCUUUAACCUACACAAACACAGGCAGGAGGAUUCUGAAGUUGUGCUUUAAAUUAAGUGAAAGGGAAAGAAAAAACGUACACAAAUUACGGGGACGAGCGUAAGCUCGCCUAAAUUCCGAAAUCGGAAGCAAGUUUUGGCGCAAAAAAUCCCUAAUUUACGGCGCCAGGUAUCGCGGCAAAUCCAGGCUAUGAUCGGCCUGGUCGGCCGGAGACGGAAAUGAAUCUAUUGCCUUCACUGUAGUGUAUAGAGUAUAGUCUUCUAUAGGUCUUAACUGAAUGGAAACCAUAGCUGAAAACCAUAGCACUAAACUCCCAAGAAAACCCGAAAACCAACUACGGUCGAUCCCGAACAAUCUUCAACCCCAGCGUUUCCCCACACACCAUGAUGCACCCGAUAUUUCUCCAACAGUUCGAAUCCUUUGCGACCUCCUUACCCGAGUCUCUCCACAUGAUAUUGAAUCUGCGCUUUCUUCCACUGGGAUUAUCCCUACUUCCGAUGACAUCCAACAAGUCCUUGGUUUUUCUUACAAUCAGCCGUUGUCUGCCAUCAAGUUCUUUAGGUGGGCCGGGUGCUUCGUCAAGCCCUCUGCUUAUGCGUGGAAUCUUAUAGUCGAUUUGCUUGGGAAGAAUCAAAGCUUUGAACCGAUGUGGGAUGCUAUGCGCUCCAUGAAGCAAGAGGGUUUUCUUUCAACUACAACGUUCGGCUCUGUCUUCAGCAGCUAUUGUAUUGCGCAUCGGUUUAGUGAGGCUACCAUGAGUUUUGAUGUCAUGGAUAGAUACGGUGUAGAACAAGAUGUUGUUGCAGUCAAUUCACUUCUUAGUGCAAUUUGCCAUGAGGACAAUCAGAUGUCGGUUGCUAUAGAGUUUUUUGAUAAGAUCAAGAUGAAGAUCCCACCUGAUGGGGAUACUUUUGCCAUUUUGCUUGAAGGGUGGGAGAAAGAAGGCAAUUUGGCUAAGGCCAAGAACACGUUUGGCGAGAUGGUAGUCAGAGUAGGAUGGAGUCCGAAUCACAUUUCUGCUUACGAUGCCUUUUUGACCACGCUUGUUUGUGGCUCUCAAGUCGAUGAAGCUCUCAAAUUUUUGCAAGUUAUGAAGAAGAAUGACUGCUUACCAGGUUUGAAAUUUUUCUCUAACACUCUCGAUAUUCUCGUCAAGCAAAAUGACUCAGCCCAAAUAAUUCCAUUGUGGGAUACAAUGGUGGGUGGUGGGCUGUUGCCCAAUUUGAUUAUGUACAAUGCAUUGAUCAGUGUGUUAUGCAACAACGAUAACGUGCAUGAUGCUUUCCGGUUCCUCGAUGAGAUGGCAUUCCACGGAGCUUUCCCCGAUUCUUUGACUUACAACAUGAUUUUCCAUUGCUUGGUGAGGAAUAAGAUGGUUCGCGAGGUGGGGAAGUUCUUUGUCGAGAUGACGAAGAACGAGUGGCCUCCUACAAGUUCUAAUUACGCCGCGGCUAUUAAGAUGUUGUUGGAGAACGAUGACCCCGAAAUGGCAAUUAAUAUGUGGAAUCACAUGGUUGAGAAUCAUGUCUUAACGCUCGAUGAAAGUGCUAAUGAGUUACUCAUUGGGCUUUGCAACUUAGGUAGGUUAGUAGAAGUGAAAAGAUUUGUCGAAACAAUGCUCGAUAGAAGAAUUAACAUAUACGAUUCAACGAUGGAGAAAUUAAAGAACCCUUUUUACAAAAAGGGUAGAAGUUUUAGAGAUAAAUAUGAUAGUCUUUCAAGGGAAUGGAAAGCUAUGAAGAUGUCAUGAUAUGAACAUCUUUGUCACAUAUUUUAUAUAGAAGUUUCUUUGUUACAUCUUUUCUCUCAUUUUGAUGACAUGUACAGCUGUGGUAAUCGUUAACGAGAUGAACUUUAUCUAGUAAAUGCAGCUCGUGCUAUUUAUUUUUUCUUUUGCAGGUUAAUAUCUCCUUGCCUACAUUGUUGUGGCAGUUGUUCUCUUGGCAUAUUUUCUUUGUCUCCCUUUUGUGUUUUCCCUACUUGCAUUGCAUGUUGUGACCCAAAUGACAUGUAAAGUUUGGGAGAUUUUAUUGCAUAAAACAUGACAAUGGCAUUCACCUAGAUGAUUAUAAAUUUGGAUCUUUGUCUUGUUUUUGGUGGUAAUAUUUGCUUGAGUUUCGGGUUCGUGUCGGUAUUUGAUAGUAUGCAACAUUGCAAUAGAGAGCAUACAUAGCUUUUUUGUGGUGCUAUAGUAGGCUUUUGAAAGAAAAUUGGAUGCAAAGUACAUGAAGUUUCAUGUAUUCAAAGGGUCAUAAUCUCAUAUCGAUUUAUGGAUAUGAAUCGAAUCCAUUUUGUGCUUAGAUUAGGUUUUUUUUUUUUUUUUAAAUUCAUUUUUUUUAAGGAUUGAUUUUGGUCGGAUUUUAAGGAUUUAGGCUAGGAUUGGUUUGGCUGUUUUUUUUGGUUUGGGCAAUAAUUUUGGCUAAGAAAUUGAAAAGCUGAUUUUCCUUUUCAGCGGUUCGAAUUUUGACGGUUUGGCAGUUCGAGUUCUGUUUGUAGUGGUUUGCUCUUGAAACGGUCUAAAUAUUCUGUCUAGACCGGUACUCUAGUCAGUUCCCGGUUUGACCGGCUUGUUUAGUUUGAUCCGGGUUAGACAACUAUGGUUAAAACUGAACUAAUAGGGUGCUAUUAACCCUAAACACUAGUGUAUUACUUCAAAGUCAACGUUGUUUAAACCGGAGAAUUGCAUCGGUCGUGUCGAGAACUAGUAGGGUAUCAAUCCGAAGUAGGGUUAAAUUGGUUGGCCUGUGAAUUGUUCGAAAUUGGUUGAAUUGUUCUCGUCUUUUUCGUAGUUUUGUAUUUUUUAUUUUUAUGAUUUUUUAAACAAUUUGUUUAAUUAAA